ACGUUUGUGCUUCUGCACCUACCGGAAGCGGCAAGACAUUAGCCUAUGUCGUCCCAAUAGUCGAGAUACUAUCUUCUAGGGUUGUUACUCGUCUGCGGGCUCUCGUCAUUCUACCAACUCGCGAUUUGGUGCAACAAGUAAGAGAGACUUUUGAAGCGUGUUGCAAAGGCACAAAGCUUCAGGUUGUCGACGAAGCAGAUCGCCUUUUGACAACCUCGUUCCAGGAGUGGCUGAAGCAAGUGCUUACUGCUCUACGACCGCCUCCACAGCCAGUCUCAUUCACUCCAAAUGGCAGCAAAACGAAUUCUCUGUUUGAUGCUUUGCCUAUUCCUGACGGAAUAGCACCGUCCUGGAUGCCUGCGUUUGGAUCCGAGAUUGACGAAGAGGCGCACUCUUCGUGCCAAAAGCUUCUCUUCUCCGCAACAUUAACCAGAGAUCCAGCCAAAAUUGCAGAGCUCCAGCUUAGAAAACCAAAAUACUUCAUUGUGCGUGAAAGGAUAGGUCAGAAUACAGGGACUGGCAUGGACGUGGAUUUGGACGUUGGAAUAUAUGAGGAAAGCUUCGAGACUCCGGCGACUCUACGGAAAAAUGUUAGCAAUGCGCUAGUAUUUACCAAAUCUACAGAAUCUACAUCAAGACUAAUGCGCUUGUUGGAAUACUUUGAACGAGAACGGUCCAGAGGUUCUACUGAUGGAAGCGAAGCAAAAGCCCCGCUCAAAGCAGAAGCAUUUUCCAGUGACUUGCCACCUGCACAGAGGAAGAGUAUUCUGGAACGAUUCAAGCGAAAGGAAAUAGAUAUGUGA